AUGAGGCUGAAAAUAGCGAUGUCGCGAGAUCCGAGGCAUGCUGAAGCAGUAAUAGGUGUCGGAUGGAUAAAUAAUGAUGAAACUGUUAGCUGUGGUGACGACCGAAAGCUUCUUCGGUGGAAUCUGUUAAAUGCUGAAGCGCAUAUGAUGACGCAAUUAUCAGGGAAUUUUUAUCCAACAAGUUUAAAUUGGUUCCCAAGAAAUCAAUCGAAACAGCCGUCUGAUAUAUUUGUUAUCACCUCAACUGAGGGCAAAUUUUAUCUUUUCAACCGGUCAGGAAAGAUCGAAAAAUCAGUUGAAGCUCAUCGAGGUGCAGCCUUAUGUGCCAGGUGGAGUGGGGAAGAUGGUUCUGUGAAAAUGUGGUCUAAAAAUGGAAUGCUACGUAGUGUUUUAUCACAAAAUGGUACACCAGUUUACUGCAUUAGUUGGAGUGGUGAUUCUUCACAUAUUUUAUAUUGCUGUGGGCAGAAUUGUUUUAUUAAAGUCCUAAAAGUACAAAUGUCACCGAUUAAAUGGAAAGCUCAUGAUGGAGUUGUUCUAUGUGUCGACUGGAGCUGCAAUAGCAAUUUGAUUAUUACGGGUGGUGAAGACUGUAAAUACAAAGUUUGGGAUAAUUAUGGUCGUCCGAUUUUUUCUAGUUCAUCGCACUGUUAUCCAAUCACAUCUAUAUCUUGGAAUGUCGAGGGCGAUUUAUUCAUCGUUGGAGCGUAUAACAUGCUUCGACUUUGCGAUAAAGUUGGAUGGUCGCACUCGUUAGAAAACUUGAAUACAGGCAGCAUUUUGAAUAUUAGCUGGUCACCAGAUAGUACACAGUUUGUUGGGGCUUGCGCUAACGGCCAUGUGGUUCAUUGUCAAAUCAUUGAGAGGCGUGUUUCUUGGCAUAACAUUGAAGCAAUUCAGUCAAAACGAAAGAUCAUAGAUGUAAGAGAUGUCACGUCUGAACUGGGACGUGAAAAAUUGGAAAUAAAAGAUCGAAUUACGAAACUUGCACUUGGUUUUGAUCAUUUGGUUGUUACGACAACUAAACAAUGUUAUAUAUUUAGUAUAAAAAACUGGAAUACACCUAUUAUUACAAAUCUCAAAGAAUGCGCUGUUUCCCUUAUCCUGCCUAAUGUUUCAAAGGGUGACAUUCUGUAUGAAAAAACAGUAGCUGUAUCAAAUGAUACGACUGCGAUUCGCGAUCGUUUUGAUCCAAAAACUAUUCAUAUAUUUGAAACUGCUACUGCUCGAACUGCAGGUGAUGGCAAAAUCGUUCAUUCAAAUGAUAUAGUUGAAAUAGCAAUUGACCAAUGUGGUUCAGCUGAUGAAAGGAAACUGGCUUUUAUUGAUACAAGCUGUGAUUGCUAUAUUAUUUCAGUGAGAUCCUACAGCGCAAAAAAUCGUAUAGCUAAACUCGGUACAAUGAUAACGAAAAUCUGCUUCAACGAUACAUCGAAUAUUUUAGCUGGUUUACAAGAUAACCAAUUGAUUAUAUGGACUUAUCCUGGCGUUGUAUUCGUGGAUAGGGAUCUUCUUCCAAAGAUAAUUAUCAACAAAGAAUGUAGGGACUUUGGUAGAUCGCAACAAAUUAUAUCAUUCAUCGGCAAUCAUAUAUCGAUACGGAGAUCAGAUGGCUGUUUAGUUCCAUGUGGGAUACCUCCUUUUGCAGUCAUUCUUAUUUCUUACAUUCACUCGUUGAAAUGGGACCAAGCAAUCACAUUAUGCCGGAAAAUGAAAGAAGAACAUUUGUGGGCCAUCCUAGCAGCUAUGGCAGUUGACUUAAAUAAUUUUUAUGCUGCAGAAAUUGCUUAUGCAGCUUUGGAUGAAGUUGAAAAAGUUAAUUAUUUAUCAAGUUUCCGGACAUUAACAAGUAAAGAAGCAAAACUGGCUAUGAUGCAUGGCUUCAAAGGAAAUAUAUCAAAAGCCGAAUCCAUGUUUAUUCAGUCUGGUGAUUUCUUUAAAGCUAUUAUGCUUAACAUAUCGAUGUUUCGUUGGCAAAGAGCUCUAGAGCUUGCUAUCAAAUACAAUAUGCAUUUGGACACAGUUAUCGGUUAUCGUCAAAAAUUUUUGCAAGAAUUUGGUCGAAAAGAAACUGAUAAAACUUUUUUACAACAUUUGUCUGAGGUUGAAAUUGACUGGGAAUGCAUACAAGAAAAAAUCCGAAAUGAAGAACAAAAGACGAACUGA